CACACACUCACCGCACGCUCAUCUGCAUAGCCCCGCCUCUGAGUAUGUCAGCCGUCCAAUGAGAACGCGGCAGGAGACACCCGUUACACCCGCAUCAGAGCCUUCGCCGCCGCCGCCUGAGAGCUUCAUCUGUCCGGUGAGAGGCUCCGAACCCACGCCGAACCAUGACGGACGGCGAAGCCGAAGAUGAGAUCCAGUUCUUACGGACCGAUGAUGAGGUGGUCCUCCAGUGCUCUGCGAUGGUCCAUAAGGAGCAGCAGAAGCUCUGUCUGGCUGCCGAGGGCUUCGGGAACAGACUGUGUUUCCUCGAGUCCACGUCAAACUCAAAGAACGUUCCUCCGGAUCUCUCCAUAUGUACGUUUGUGCUGGAGCAGUCUCUGUCCGUACGAGCGCUGCAGGAGAUGCUGGCUAACACUGAGGAGAGAGCGGAAGGGACGGCGCAGGGUGGAGGUCACCGGACGCUGCUCUACGGUCACGCGGUCUUACUGAGACACUCCUACAGCGGGAUGUAUCUGUGCUGUCUGUCUACAGCUCGCUCAUCCACCGACAAACUAGCGUUUGACGUGGGGCUUCAGGAAGACACGACAGGGGAGGCGUGCUGGUGGACCAUCCACCCGGCGUCCAAGCAGAGGUCCGAGGGUGAGAAGGUGCGAGUGGGUGAUGACCUCAUCCUGGUCAGCGUGUCGUCUGAACGAUACCUGCACUUGUCGUAUGGUAACAGCAGUUUGCACGUGGACGCCGCUUUCCAGCAGACGCUCUGGAGCGUGGCCCCGAUCUGCUCCGGCAGUGAAGUGGCUCAGGGUGAGUAUUUGACACGCUUAUGUCACGCUUCAUUCCACUUCCUGUUCAUUUACUCAGCACCGUGUGUUUCAGGCUUCCUGAUUGGUGGAGAUGUUCUGCGGCUGCUGCAUGGUCACAUGGACGAGUGUUUGACCGUCCCGUCAGGAGAACACGGAGAGGAGCAGCGCAGGACGGUGCACUACGAGGGUGGAGCCGUCCACCACGCCAGAUCCCUCUGGAGGCUGGAGACGCUCCGAGUGGCGUGGAGCGGCAGUCACAUCCGCUGGGGUCAGCCGUUUCGGCUGCGUCACGUGACCACCGGGAAGUAUCUCAGCAUGAUGGACGAUCAAGGGCUGCUGCUAAUGGACAAGGAGAGAGCAGACGUCAAAUCAACGGCUUUCUGCUUCCGUUCCUCAAAAGAGAAGCUGGACUUUGGCCUGAGGAAGGAGGUGGAUGGGAUGGGCGUCCCGGACAUCAAAUACGGCGACUCGGUCUGUUACAUCCAGCAUGUGGACACUGGGCUCUGGCUCACGUACCAGUCUGUGGACGCCAAGUGUGCGCGGAUGGGAGGAGUUCAGAGGAAGGCCAUCAUGCAUCAUGAGGGUCACAUGGAUGAUGGUUUGACGCUCUCACGAUCACAACACGAGGAGUCACGCACCGCUAGAGUCAUUCGCAGCACGGUUUUCCUCUUCAACCGCUUCAUCAGGGGUCUAGACACUCUGAGUAAGAAGGGGAAGACGUCCACCCUCGAUCUGCCCAUCGAAUCGGUCAGUCUGAGUCUUCAGGAUCUGAUCGGAUACUUCCAGCCGCCGGACGAACACCUGCAGCACGAGGACAAACAGAACCGCCUGCGAGCGCUCAAGAGCAGACAGAACCUCUUCCAGGAGGAGGGAAUGAUCAACCUGGUGCUGGAGUGUAUCGAUCGUCUGCAUGUGUACAGCAGUGCGGCUCAUUUUGCAGACGUGGCCGGUAAAGAGGCAGGAGAAUCCUGGAAGUCCAUCCUGAACUCCCUCUAUGAACACCUGGCUGCUCUGAUCAGAGGAAACAGGAAGAAUUGUGCUCAGUUCUCCGGCUCUCUGGAUUGGCUGAUCAGUCGUCUGGAGAGGCUGGAAGCGUCGUCCGGGAUCCUGGAGGUUCUGCACUGUGUUCUGGUGGAGAGUCCAGAAGCUCUGAACAUCAUUAAAGAGGGACACAUCAAAUCCAUCAUCUCACUGCUGGACAAACACGGACGCAACCACAAGGUGCUGGACGUCCUGUGCUCUCUGUGUGUGUGUCACGGUGUGGCCGUUCGCUCCAAUCAGCACCUGAUCUGUGAUAACCUGCUGCCUGGCAGAGACCUGCUGCUGCAGACACGACUCGUCAAUCACGUCAGCAGCAUGAGGCCAAACAUCUUCCUGGGCGUGAGUGAAGGCUCCGCCCAGUACAGGAAGUGGUAUUAUGAGCUGAUCGUGGACCACGUGGAGCCGUUCGUGACGGCCGAAGCCACUCACCUGCGGGUGGGCUGGGCGUCCACACAGGGCUACGGGCCGUAUCCGGGCGGAGGAGAGGGCUGGGGCGGGAACGGCGUCGGGGAUGACCUCUACUCAUACGGCUUUGAUGGACUACACCUGUGGGCAGGUUGUGUGGCGCGUUCGGUCAGCUCACCCAAUCAGCACGUGCUGCGGGCCGAGGAUGUGGUCAGCUGCUGUCUGGAUCUCAGCGCUCCCAGCAUCUCCUUCCGCAUCAACGGCCAGCCAGUCCAGGGAAUGUUUGAGAACUUCAACUCAGACGGACUCUUCUUCCCCGUCGUGUCCUUCUCCUCUGGAGUCAAAGUGCGCUUCCUGUUGGGCGGUCGUCAUGGAGAGUUCAAGUUCCUGCCUCCAUCUGGUUACGCUCCAUGUUUUGAGGCUGUUUUACCACGAGAGAAGCUGCGUGUGGAGCACAGUCAGGAGUACAAACAUGAUCAUGGGAGAACACGCGAUCUCCUGGGACCCACGCUCACUCUGUCACAGGCGGCCUUCACGCCAACACCGGUGGACACCAGUCAGAUCGUGUUGCCUCCUCAUCUCGAGCGGAUCCGGGAGAAGCUGGCAGAAAACAUCCAUGAGCUGUGGGUGAUGAACAAGAUAGAGCUGGGAUGGACCUACGGAGCGGUGAGGGAUGAUAAUAAACGGCAGCAUCCGUGUCUGGUGGAGUUCUCCAGACUUCCUGAACAAGAGCGCAGCUACAACCUACAGAUGUCUCAGGAGACGCUCAAGACUCUUCUGGCGCUGGGGUGUCAUGUUGGAGUGGCGGACGAACGAGCGGCUGAGAAAGUCAAAAAUCUGAAGCUUUCAGCAAAAUACGAGCUGUCCAGCGGCUACAAACCAGCCCCGAUGGACCUCAGCCACAUCAAACUGGCGUCUACCCAGGAGGCCAUGGUGGACAAGCUGGCAGAGAACGCUCACAACGUCUGGGCUCGAGACCGCAUACGGCAGGGCUGGACCUACGGCGUCCAGCAGGACGUCAAGAACAAGAGAAACCCUCGUCUGGUUCCUUACGUUCUUCUGGACGAGAGAACCAAGAAAUCAAACAAGGACAGUCUGCGGGAAGCUGUACGGACGCUGCUGGGAUACGGAUACAACCUGGAGGCCCCGGAUCAAGACCACGCGGCCCGAGCAGACGUGUGUAAUCUGUCUGCGGAGCGCUUCCGGAUAUUCCGAGCGGAGAAGACGUACAGCGUGAACGGAGGGAGGUGGUACUUUGAGCUGGAGGUGGUGACGGCGGGGGAGAUGCGGGUGGGCUGGGCGAGACCCGGCUGUCUGCCGGACCUGGAGCUGGGCUCAGACGACCAGGCCUUCGUCUUCGACGGAUUCAAGGCGCAGCGCUGGCAUCAGGGCAACGAGCACUUCGGCCGCUCCUGGCAGUCUGGAGACGUGGUGGGCUGCAUGGUGGACAUGAACGAGCGCACCAUGAUGUUCACGCUCAACGGAGAGGUGCUGCUCGACGACUCCGGAUCUGAACUCGCCUUCAAAGACUUCGAAGUUUGGGAAGGUUUCAUCCCGGUCUGUAGUCUGGGCGUGUGUCAGGUGGGCCGUAUGAACUUUGGGAAGGACGUGAGCACACUGAAGUACUUCACUAUCUGCGGCCUGCAGGAGGGCUACGAACCCUUCGCCGUCAACAUGAACCGCGAUCUGACCAUGUGGAUCAGCAAACGGCUGCCGCAGUUCAUCCCCGUCCCGCUCAACCACGAGCACAUCGAGGUCACGCGGAUCGACGGGACGGUGGAGAGCCCGCCGUGCCUAAAGGUCACCCAGAGGUCGUUCGGCUCACAGAACAGUAGCACAGACAUCAUGUUCUAUCGUCUCAGCAUGCCCAUCGAGUGCUCGGAGGCGUUCCUGCGCUCGGCCAGCGGCAGCUUCUUCUCUCCCAAGAGAGAUCUGGAGGACUUCGAGACCGUGUCAGACUUCGAGGUCCUGAUGAAGACGCCACACAGUCACUCGAGCUCGAACGGACCUGACAGAGAGCGAGAUGAGUUCAACAACCACAAGGACCACAAUCAGGAGAAACCCUCGAAACUCAAGCAGAGGUUCAUGUUGAAAAGAACGAAGCCUGAGAUGAACAGCAGUAACUCCAGCAGUAACGCUCGUCUCUCAGAGGAGGUUUUGUCUGAAGAGAGAGACGACUGUGAGAACCUCAAACAGACAUCAACGUAUUAUUACUCGGUGAGGAUCUUCCCCGGGCAGGAGCCGUCCAGCGUGUGGGUCGGCUGGGUCACCUCAGACUUCCAUCAGCACGACCCGGCCUUUGAGCUCAGCACGGUCCGAACGGUCACCGUUACCCUGGGAGACGAGAAGGGCAAAGUUCACGAGAGCAUCAAGCGCAGUAACUGCUACAUGGUGUGGGGCGGCGAGUGCAGCAAUCCCAGUCAGGGCCGCAGUAAUAACGGGCUGGAGAUCGGCUGUUUGGUAGAUACAGCCAACGGCCUCCUCACCUUCACCUCCAACGGCAAAGAGCUCGGCACCUUCUACCAGGUGGAGCCCAGUACUAAACUUUUCCCUGCAGUGUUUGCGCAAGCAACCAGUCCAAACGUCUUCCAGUUCGAACUGGGACGCAUCAAGAGCGUCAUGCCGCUCUCUGCAGGUCUGUUUAAAAGCGAGCGGAAGAACGCGGUUCCUCAGUGUCCGCCGCGGCUGCACGUGCAGUUCCUCACACCUGUGUUAUGGAGCCGCGUGCCCAAUCAGUUCCUGAGGGCAGAGGUCAGCAGGGUCAGUGAGAGACUGGGCUGGAUGGUGCAGAGUUCAGAACCACUGCAGUUCAUGACGCUCCAUAUACCUGAGGAGAACAGGUCUCUGGAUAUCCUGGAGCUGACGGAGCAGAGAGAGCUGUUGAAGUUCCACUAUCACACGCUGCGCUUGUAUUCGGCCAUCUGUGCUCUGGGGAACAACCGUGUGGCUCACGCGCUCUGCAGUCACGUAGACGAGGCACAGCUGCUCUACGCCAUCCAGAACAAAUACAUGCCGGGUCUGCUGCGCACCGGAUACUACGACCUGCUGAUCGACAUCCACCUGAGCAGCUACGCCACCGCGCGCCUCAUGAUGAACUCUGAGUACAUCGUGCCCAUGACGCCCGAGACCAAGAGCAUCACGCUCUUCCCCAACGAGAAGAAGAAGCACGGGCUGCCGGGGAUCGGCCUGAGCACCUCUCUGCAGCCGCGCAUGCGCUUCUCCUCGCCCAGCUUCGUGGGCGCCGUCGGCGGUCACCACGGCAACGGUGCGGCUGGCGGGGGCGACUGUUUCCAGUACAGCCCUGAGUUCCCGCUGGAGACGCUGAAGAGCCGCACGAUGGAGAUGCUGACGGAGGCGGUGCGGGAGGGAAGCUUGCACGUGCGUGACCCUGUGGGCGGCAGCACUGAGUUCCUGUUCGUCCCGCUCAUUAAACUCUUCUACACGCUCCUGAUCAUGGGCAUCUUCCACAACGGAGACCUGAAGACCAUCCUGCAGCUGAUCGAGCCCAGCGUCUUCUCGCAGGACUCCGGGGUGGAGAGCGGAGGCGGGGCGUCGGAGGCGGAGGACGGCUGUGGGCGGAGCCAGCUGGAGGGGGGCGGGGCCGAGGAGCACGGCCUGAGAGGAAAGAUGCCCAAAGAAGGACUUCUGCAGAUGAAGCUUCCUGAACCCGUCAAACUCCAGAUGUGUCACCUGCUGCAGUACCUGUGUGACUGUCAGGUGCGUCACCGCAUCGAGGCCGUGGUCGCCUUCUCGGAUGACUUUGUGGCGAAUCUUCAGGAGAACCAGCGUUUCCGCUAUAAUGAAGUGAUGCAGGCGCUGAACAUGUCUGCCGCUCUGACGGCACGCAAAACCAAAGAGUUCCGCUCUCCUCCGCAGGAACAGAUCAACAUGCUGCUGAAUUUUAAGGAUGAGAAGCAGGACUGUCCGUGUCCAGAGGACAUCCGUGAACAGCUGCUGGACUUCCAUGAAGAUCUGAUGACACACUGUGGUAUUGAGACGGAUGAUGAUAAAUCAGGAGAUGGAGAUGAUUUCACCAUCAGGGGGCGUCUGAUGUCUCUGGUGGAGAAGGUGACCUACCUGAAGAAGAAAAUGACUGAUAUACCAAAGAAGAAGAAAUCAAAGAAACCCAGCACCUUGCAGCAGCUGAUCUCGGAGACGAUGGUGCGCUGGGCUCAGGAGUCGGUCAUCGAGGAUCCCGAGCUGGUGCGGGCCAUGUUCGUGUUGCUCCACCGGCAGUACGACGGCAUCGGCGGCCAGGUGCGAGCGCUGCCCAAGACCUACACCAUCAACGCCGUCUCAGUGGAGGACACCAUCAACCUGCUGGCGUCUCUGGGACAGAUCCGCUCGCUGCUCAGCGUCAGGAUGGGCCGCGAGGAGGAGAAGCUCAUGAUCCACGGACUCAGUGACAUCAUGAAUAACAAGGUGUUCUACCAGCAUCCGAACCUGAUGAGAGCGCUCGGCAUGCACGAGACCGUCAUGGAGGUGAUGGUGAACGUCCUGAGUGGAGGAGAGUCCAAGGAAAUCACCUUUCCAAAGAUGGUGGCCAACUGCUGCCGCUUCCUGUGCUACUUCCAAACAAUCACACGAAACAAACAAAACCCCAAGAUUAACCAAAUUAACCAGAACUGAGAUAACAUAAUCCCGGGCCUCGCGUCUCCGUCCAUGCGAGGUUCCACUCCUCUGGAUGUGGCCGCUGCGUCUGUGAUGGACAAUAAUGAACUGGCUCUGGCGCUGAGAGAGCCGGACCUCGAGAAGGUGGUCCAGUAUCUGGCCGGCUGUGGUCUCCAGAGCUGCGUGAUGCUGAUGUCUAGAGGAUAUCCUGACAUCGGCUGGAACCCGGUGGAGGGUGAGCGGUACCUGGACUUCCUCCGGUUCGCGGUCUUCUGUAACGGUGAGAGUGUGGAGGAGAACGCUAACGUGGUGGUGCGGCUCCUGAUUCGCCGGCCCGAGUGUUUUGGCCCCGCCCUGCGCGGAGAAGGCGGGAACGGGCUGCUGGCGGCGAUGGAGGAAGCCAUAAAGAUCUCAGAAGAUCCCAGCAGAGACGGACCGUCACCCACCACAGAGGAGAGCCGGACGCUUAAUGACAUCAUGGAGGAAGAGGAAGACGACACCAUUCACAUGGGAAACGCCAUCAUGACCUUCUACGCGGCUCUGAUUGAUCUGUUGGGCCGCUGCGCUCCAGAGAUGCACCUGAUCCACGCGGGGAAGGGAGAGGCCAUCCGUAUCCGGGCCAUCCUGCGCUCGCUCAUUCCCAUUGAGGAUCUGGUGGGAGUGAUCAGCAUCCCGUUCCUGAUGCCCACGCUGGCCAAAGACGGUUCUGUGAUCGAGCCGGACAUGUCAGCAGGAUUCUGUCCUGAUCACAAAGCGGCCAUGGUUCUGUUCCUGGACCGGGUUUAUGGCAUCGAGGACCAGAACUUCCUCUUCCACCUGCUGGAAGUGGGCUUUCUUCCUGACCUCAGAGCCGCCGCCUCAUUGGACACGGUGGCUCUGAGCGCCACAGACAUGGCGCUGGCUCUGAACCGGUACCUGUGCACCGCGGUCCUGCCGCUGCUCACUAAAUGCGCUCCUCUGUUCGCCGGGACGGAGCCGUUCGCGUCUCUCAUCGACUCUCUGCUGCACACCGUCUACAGGCUGUCCAAAGGCUGCUGUCUCACCAAAGCGCAGAGAGACGCCAUCGAGGAGUGUCUGCUGGCCGUGUGCGGUAAACUGCGUCCCUCGAUGAUGCAGCAUCUGCUGAGGCGUCUGGUGUUUGACGUUCCUGUGCUCAACGAACACACUAAGAUGCCUCUGAAGCUCCUGACCAAUCACUACGAGCGCUGCUGGAAGUACUACUGUCUCUCCGGAGGAUGGGGAAGCUUCGGCGUCACGUCAGACGAGGAGCUGCAUCUGUCCAGGAAGCUCUUCUGGGGGAUCUUUGACGCUCUGGCCAGAAAGAAGUAUGAGGUGGAGCUGUUCAAGCUGGCGCUGCCGUGUCUGAGCGCGGUGGGCGGAGCUUUACCUCCUGAUUACAUGGAGUCAAACUACAUGGCCAUGAUGGAGAAACAGUCGUCCAUGGACGCCGAGGGAAACUUCACCCCGCAGCCCGCUGACACCAGCAGUGUUGUUGUUCCUGAGAAACUCGAUCAUUUCAUCAAUAAAUAUGCAGAAUACUCCCAUGAGAAAUGGUCCAUGGAGAAGUUUGCCGUCGGCUGGGUUUACGGAGAGCAGAUGUGUGAAUCAUCUAAAGUUCAUCCAGUGCUCAAGCCCUACAAAUGUCUGUCUGAGAAGGAUAAGGAGGUGUACCGCUGGCCAAUCAGAGAGAGUCUGAAGACGAUGCUGUCGUGGGGCUGGAGCAUCGAGAGGAUGAGAGAGAGCGACGCGUCCACGUUACACAACCGCACGCGCCGGAUCUCUAUGUCCAGUCAGCGCUCCAUCGAGGGCGCUCACGGUUUCAGCCCGCGGCCGGUGGACAUGAGCAACGUGACGCUGUCCAGAGACCUGCAUACGAUGGCGGAGCUGCUGGCCGAGAACUAUCACAACAUUUGGGCUCAGAAGAAAAAACUGGAGCUGGAAUCCAAAGGAGGAGGAAGUCAUCCAUUACUGGUUCCUUAUGACACUUUGACUGCCAAAGAGAAAUCUAGAGACAGAGAGAAAGCACAAGACAUCCUCAAGUUCUUUCAGAUCAACGGAUACAGCGUCUCAAGGGCUAUGAAAGAACAGGAUCUGGACGCUCCGUCCAUAGAGAAACGCUUCGCCUACACGUUCCUGCAGCAGCUGAUCACGUAUGUGGAUGAAGCUCACGCACACAUGCUGGAGUACGACGCUGGAAUCCGACCGAAAGCAGAGAAAACCCCCCACGAGCAGCAGGUCAAAUUCUUCGGGAAGGUUGUGCUGCCGCUGGUGGACCAGUACUUCAAAAACCAUCGGCUCUACUUCCUGUCCACCGCCGUUCGACCAAUCAGCAGCGGCGGCCACGCCUCCAAUAAAGAGAAGGAGAUGGUGACCAGCCUGUUCUGUAAGCUGGCCGUUCUGGUGCGGCACCGGAUCUCACUGUUUGGGAAUGAUGCCACGUCCAUCGUGAACUGCCUGCACAUCCUGGGACAGACGCUGGACGCCAGGACCGUGAUGAAAACCGGCCAGGACUCUGUCAAAGCGGCUCUGAGGGCGUUUUUUGACAACGCAGCAGAAGAUCUGGAGAAGACGAUGGAGAACCUGCGGCAGGGUCAGUUCACACACACACGCACGCAGCCCAGAGGAGUCACACAGAUCAUAAACUACACCACCAUCGCUCUGCUGCCCGUCCUCUCAUCGCUGUUCGAACACAUCGCACAGAACCUGUUCGGAGAGGAUCUCAUACUGGAUGAUGUCCAGGUUUCCUGCUAUCGGAUUCUGAACAGUUUGUACUCACUUGGAACCAGUAAAAGUAUUUAUGUUGAGAGGCAGCGUCCGGCUCUCGGUGAGUGUCUGGCUGCGUUUUCGGGUGCGUUUCCUGUGGCCUUCCUGGAGCCCAGUCUGAACAGACACAACACUUUCUCCAUAUACAACUGCAAAAGCUCCCGAGAGCGAACAGCGCUGGGGCUCCCCGCUCAGGUGGACGAGGUGUGUGCUCUGGUGCCGUCUCUGGAGCGAGCGCUGGAGGAGAUCAUGGAGCUGACCGAGUCUGGCAUGCGUUACACACAGAUGCCUCACGUGAUGGAGGUGCUGCUGCCCAUGCUGUGCAGCUACAUGUCUCACUGGUGGGAACACGGACCCGAGAGCAUCCCGGAGCGCGCCGAGAGCUGCUGCACCUCGCUGACCUCCGAACACAUGAACACGCUGCUGGGAAACAUCCUCAAGAUCAUCUACAACAACCUGGGCAUCGACGAGGGAGCCUGGAUGAAGAGACUCGCAGUGUUUUCUCAGCCCAUCAUCACUAAACCCCACUACCAGCAUCUGAGCUCCUCAUACCCGCUGCUCAUACGCUUCGUCGACAUGAAGGCGGAGGGCCGGGGCGAGAUGUCCGAGACCUACCCACCCAUACUAGACCACUUCACCGUCCUAGACCUAUACCCGCACCCCUUCUACCCGCUGCUCAUACGCUUCGUCGACUACAACAGAGCAAAGUGGCUGAAGGAGCCGAACACUGAGGCGGAGGAGUUAUUCCGUAUGGUGGCCGAAGUCUUUAUAUUCUGGGCCAAAUCACACAACUUUAAAAGAGAAGAGCAGAACUUCGUGGUUCAGAAUGAAAUCAACAACAUGUCCUUCCUCAUAACUGAUACCAAAUCCAAGAUGUCCAAGGGAGCCGUGUCGGAUCAGGAGAGGAAGAAGAUGAAGAAGCGCGGUGACCGAUACUCCCUCCAGACGUCGCUGAUCGUCGCCGCUCUCAAGCGCUUACUUCCUGUGGGACUGAACAUCUGCGCGCCGGGAGACCAGGAGCUGAUCGGACUCGCCAAGAGCCGCUUCACACAGAAAGACACUGAGGACGAGGUGCGAGAGACCAUACGGAACAACCUCCACCUGCAGGGAAAGCUGGAGGAUCCUGCGAUCCGCUGGCAGAUGGCGCUGUAUAAAGACAUGCCCAACCGCAGCGAGAACACGUCUGACCCCGAGAAGACCGUCGACAGAGUGCUGAACAUCGCACACGUGCUCUUCCACCUCGAUCAGGUUGAACAUCCUCAGCGCAGUAAGAAGGCCGUGUGGCACAAGCUGCUGUCCAAACAGAGGAAGAGAGCCGUCGUGGCCUGCUUCAGGAUGGCGCCGCUUUACAACCUGCCCAGGCACAGAGCCGUGAACCUGUUCCUCCAGGGUUAUGAGAAGUCCUGGAUCGAGACAGAAGAGCAUUAUUUUGAGGACAAGCUGAUUGAGGAUUUGGCCAAACCGGGUGGAGAGGAGCCGUCGGAGGAGGACGAGAUGACCAAACACAUCGACCCGUUACACCAGCUCAUACAACUGUUCAGCAGAACCGCGCUGACCGAGAAAUGUAAACUCGAGGAGGACCAUCUCUACAUGGCUUACGCUGAUAUCAUGGCUAAGAGCUGUCAUGAUGAAGAGGAGGAGGAUGAAGAGGAGGUCAAGAGUUUCGAGGAGAAGGAGAUGGAGAAGCAGAAGCUGCUGUAUCAACAGGCCCGACUGCACGACCGCGGCGCGGCUGAGAUGGUGCUGCAGACCAUCAGCGCCAGCAAAGGAGAGAUGGGGCCGAUGGUGGCCUCCACGCUGAAGCUGGGCAUCGCUAUACUCAACGGAGGAAACUCAACCGUCCAGCAGAAGAUGCUGGACUACCUGAAGGACAAACGGGACGUGGGCUUCUUCCAGAGUCUGGCGGGGCUGAUGCAGUCGUGCAGUGUUCUGGAUCUCAACGCCUUCGAGAGGCAGAAUAAAGCUGAAGGUCUCGGGAUGGUGACGGAGGAAGGAUCAGUCAUCACUCAUGAGCGUGGUGAGAAGGUCAUGCAAGACGACGAAUUCACCUGUGACCUCUUCCGCUUCCUGCAGCUGCUCUGUGAGGGACACAACUCCGACUUCCAGAACUACCUGAGAACACAGACGGGGAACAACACGACGGUCAACAUCAUCAUCUCCACCGUGGAUUACCUGCUCAGAGUCCAGGAGUCCAUCAGUGAUUUCUACUGGUACUACUCCGGGAAAGAGGUCAUCGAUGAACAAGGCCAGCGCAACUUCUCCAAAGCGAUCAAUGUAGCCAAACAAGUCUUCAACACGCUCACGGAGUACAUUCAGGGCCCGUGUACGGGGAACCAGCAGAGUCUGGCUCACAGCCGUCUGUGGGACGCAGUUGUUGGUUUCCUGCACGUUUUCGCACAUAUGCAGAUGAAGCUGUCUCAGGAUUCAAGCCAAAUCGAGCUGCUGAAGGAGCUCAUGGAUCUUCAGAAGGAUAUGGUCGUGAUGCUGUUGUCCAUGCUGGAAGGAAAUGUUGUGAACGGCACCAUUGGAAAGCAGAUGGUGGACAUGUUGGUGGAGUCCUCGAACAACGUGGAGAUGAUUCUGAAGUUCUUCGACAUGUUCCUCAAACUGAAAGAUCUGACGUCGUCAGACGCCUUCAAAGAGUACGACCCCGACGGCAAAGGCGUCAUCUCCAAGAGGGACUUCCACAAGGCCAUGGAGAGCCACAAACAUUACACGCAAUCCGAGACCGAGUUCCUGCUCUCCUGCGCCGAAACCGACGAAAACGAGCUCUUGGAUUAUGAAGAGUUCGUCGAACGCUUCCACGAGCCGGCGAAGGACAUCGGCUUCAACGUAGCUGUCCUUCUAACCAACCUCUCGGAGCACAUGCCCCACGACUCGCGCCUCCAGACCUUCCUGGAGCUGGCCGAGAGCGUGCUGAACUACUUCCAGCCCUACCUGGGCCGCAUCGAGAUCAUGGGCAGCGCUAAACGGAUCGAGCGCGUCUACUUCGAGAUCAGCGAGUCCAGUCGCACCCAGUGGGAGAAGCCGCAGGUCAAAGAGUCCAAACGCCAGUUCAUCUUCGACGUGGUCAACGAAGGCGGCGAGAAGGAGAAGAUGGAGCUCUUUGUUAACUUCUGUGAAGACACCAUCUUCGAGAUGCAGCUGGCGGCGCAGAUGUCGGACGCCGGCGAGCGCUCGGCCAGCAAAGAGGACAGCGAGAGAGAGAAGCCCGAGGAGAAGAGUCCUGAGAUGGGCUUCUUCUCCGUCACCACCGUAAGAACGGCUCUGUUUGCCUUACGAUACAACGUGAUGCUCUUAAUGAAGGUGCUGUCUAUGAAGAGCCUGAAGAAGCAGCUGAAGAGAGCCAAGAAGAUGACGGUGAAGGACAUGGUGACCACACUAGUGUCCUUCUACUGGAGCGUCCUGCUGGGACUCCUGCACUUCGCCUUCAGCGUCGCUCGAGGAUUCUUCCGGAUCGUUUACAACAGCUUUCUCGGAGGCAGUCUGGUGGAGGACGCCAAGACCAUGAAGGUGUCGGAGCUCCUGGCUAACAUGCCUGAUCCGACUCAAGACGAGGUGAGAGGAGAGACGGAGGAGAGCGAGAAGAAACCCGCGGACAAAACCUCCCCCGAGGAAGACCUGGCCGAUCUGACGGUGGCCGCGGACGACACCGACCUCCUGUCAGAUAUAUUCGGUCUGGAUCUGAAGAGAGAAGGAGGGCAGUACAAACUGAUGCCUCACAAUCCGAACGCUAGCCUCACGGAUCUGCUCAACACACCCAUCCCUCCUCCGCCUACACCCUCGCCAGAGCUCCGCAGGAGACACCAGACGAAGGGCUCUUCAUCCUCAGCAGACAACGGUGAAGCUGCGGACGAGACCAAACCCGUGCCUGAGAAAGCAGAAGGGGAAAACGGAGAGAAAGCACAGAAGAAGAAAGAGGAAGCGGUGAAGCGGAAGGUCAGACAGCACUAUGAGCCUGAUCUGCAGGAGUCAGCCUUCUGGAAGAAGAUCAUCGCUUACCAACGCAAGCUGCUGAACUACUUUGCACGAAAUUUCUACAACAUGAGAAUGUUGGCUUUGUUUGUGGCCUUUGCAAUCAACUUCAUUCUGCUGUUUUACAAGGUGUCCACGUCCUCGGCCGUCUCUGAGGGGAAGGAGGUGUUGUUCAGCUCGUCUUCAGACACCAGCGUGCGGUGGGAUCCUCUGAGCGGCUCCGGCGCUCGGCCUGACGCUGUGCACUUCGUGCUGGAGGAGAGCAGCGGCUACAUGGAGCCCACGCUGAGGAUCUUAGCCAUCCUGCACACCGUCAUCUCCUUCUUCUGCAUCAUCGGCUACUACUGCCUGAAGGUUCCUCUGGUGAUCUUCAAGCGUGAGAAGGAAGUGGCCAGGAAGCUGGAGUUCGACGGUCUGUACAUCACUGAACAGCCGUCUGAGGACGAUAUUAAAGGCCAGUGGGACCGACUGGUCAUCAACACACAGUCCUUCCCAAACAAUUACUGGGAUAAAUUUGUGAAGCGGAAGGUGAUGGAUAAGUAUGGAGAGUUUUAUGGACAUGAUCGGAUCAGUGAGCUGCUCGGGAUGGACAAAGCUGCGCUGGACUUCAGUGACGCCCACGAGAAAAAGAAACCAAAGAGAGACAGUUCACUGGCCGCAGUACUGAGCUCCGUGGAUGUGAAGUAUCAGAUCUGGAAGCUGGGCGUCGUCUUCACUGAUAACUCGUUCCUGUAUCUGGCCUGGUACAUGAGCAUGUCCAUCCUUGGACACUACAACAACUUCUUCUUCGCCGCCCACCUGCUGGACAUCGCCAUGGGCUUCAAGACCCUCAGAACCAUCCUGUCCUCCGUCACACACAACGGCAAACAGCUGGUCCUGACUGUCGGUCUGCUGGCGGUUGUGGUCUAUCUCUACACUGUGGUGGCUUUCAACUUCUUCCGUAAGUUCUACAAUAAGAGUGAAGAUGGAGAGUCACCAGACAUGAAGUGUGACGACAUGCUAACGUGCUACAUGUUCCACAUGUAUGUUGGCGUUCGUGCCGGAGGCGGCAUCGGUGAUCAGAUCGAAGAUCCAGCAGGUGACGAGUACGAGAUCUACCGCAUCAUCUUUGACAUCACCUUCUUCUUCUUCGUCAUCGUCAUCCUCCUGGCCAUCAUUCAGGGUCUGAUCAUCGAUGCGUUUGGAGAGCUGAGAGACCAGCAAGAGCAGGUGAAGGAGGACAUGGAGACGAAGUGCUUCAUCUGUGGGAUCGGAAACGACUACUUCGACACGGUUCCUCACGGCUUCGAGACACACACGCUGCAGGAACACAACCUGGCCAACUAUCUAUUUUUCUUCAUGUAUCUCAUCAACAAGGAUGAAACAGAGCACACAGGCCAGGAGUCGUACGUUUGGAAAAUGUACCAGGAACGAUGCUGGGAAUUCUUCCCCGCUGGCGACUGUUUCCGGAAACAAUACGAGGACCAGCUCAAUUAAAACACACACACACACACACACACACACACACACACACACACUGAUGGCUCUUACAGUGGUGAUUCUAUCAGCUGGAACGCUUUCGACACAGUGAACAUACCACAUUUCUAGCCGCAGCUGAAGAGCCACACUUUCCUGCCAUCCGACGCUUCUUCAUUUCAUCAAUGAACUCACAGACUGACUGAAGAGGAGGGGAGCAGGACGCUUCUUUAGACGGGGAUCCGGUGCCUUAUGCAAGAUGAAGAUGAGCCGGAGCGAGCGCUGGAACCCCUCAGGACUCGAAGAUUCUCCUCUGCUGAUCCGUUUCGUGCUUUGUUUUCCGUUCUUUUGGUAAUGCACCCAUGCAACAGCAGAGUUGCUCUUUAUAUAAUCAAAAAAUCUUUCAUUGCAUGUUUAUUAUGCAAGUUUAAGGAAAACAUUUGAAACGUAAAAACGCAAGCUGAUCUAUAUCACACGUGCAGUUUUCUAGGUUUAAGAACAUUUAAGCUGUCUCUGUCCUGUCGCAGUAUAUCACGUUUAGCUACGAAUACGUCCACUAACGGAGAAAAACGCAUUCGCACUAGAUUUAGUUUGACGCGGAAGCAAUACCCAUUCAGGGAGUCCACCCUACACGCUACGCCCUAUACCCUACAGCGACGGAGGGCUGAACAUCAGCGUUUCCCCGCGGGAGCUCAACUCACGCUUAAUAACUGCAGAAACACGAGCACGUCACGCACAGACCGCCGGUGCAUCACCAGACAUCUCCCAUCCUUCAGGAGACCACUGCACUUUCUGUCAAAGACCAGAUGCUUUUCUUAUUUGUUCUAUACGAAACAAUGUGAAUCAUUGCAAUAACAACAAAUGGGCUAAAAAAAAAAAACCAGCCGCAACUAUGUGAGAGAAAUUUUACUCAUGUAAAGAAUUUUGAUAACAAAAAAAAAACCUCAUGGGAAAAUAACCUGUCAGACUUCAGUGUACCGUGUAGAGUUGUGCGCAUAUAACUGUGUGUGAUCUGUAAAGGGAACUCAAAGACUUGCAUGAUUUUGACAAAUAAAGCGAUUAUUUAUUGAUC